AAGCUGGAUGAAGCUGGAAGUUGUGAGAUUAGUAGUGAUCAGUGGUAUGUCAGCAUCGUAUAGUUACGCCGAUGAUGGAUAUCGGCGCUUAUGAUAUUAUUAUUUCCAAUUUCAACUUUGGUGUUUGGAAAUCUGGAGUUGAGCUGCGGAGUCAUACGCUAUGAAUAAAUGCCGAGGUGUUCGUCAAUAUUUCUCCAAUUUUGUAUAUGGUAACCUCGAAAUGAGCCCACAGAAAACCGCUGCUGACGAGAGGUCAUAUCUCUGGCCAUAGCAGUUGGGGAGUAAUAUUUCAAACAAUGACAAAAUAAAUUACCAAGAUAGUAUUUGUCGGAAAAAAUUAUAGAACUCCACAAUGGUAACUGUCAAUAAUCUUCAGAGAAUAUGAUCCCACAUAAGAGAAAGAAAGCGAGUGCGUUGGACAGCGCAAGUAUAUCCAGGAGUCGUCGAACAUCCUUGAACGUAAACUUGAGCUACGUAUCGAACACAACAGUAUCUCCAGAAAAUGAAAGUAUCGAUUCUUUCUCACCAACAUGGUAUGCUAAUUCUGAUUCCUUGGAAAAUACCGUCCUUUCACCAAACGCAGCUCCUAUUAUGUCUUCAUUUAGGAAUGUAACGGUGCGAAAGCGCUCUUUGCGAAGAAGGUUCAGUGGACUGAUUAAGAAUGAUGUUAGUAACAUGGGUGAGGCAAUACAAGCUGUCGAGCCAAGGGUGCUGGAUUGUGAAAGUAUUAUUUCUGUGGAAAAAAAGAGGGAGUCCGAUGCAAGAAGAAAACAUCUAGACACAAUCAAACCUGCGAUUGUAAGUUUAACCAGAAUACCUGUAACCUGUGAAAAUAGAAAACUAAUUGGAAGUCAAGAGCCUUUCGUAAAUUUGGUACCUUCUGAAAAUACCAGGCUUUCACACCUUUUAGAAGAUGUCCGCGUUCCACUUGAAGGUGAAAUAUUCUCCCAAUCAGCAACUAUACUUGUUGAAACUUCUAUGGAUAUCACAGAGGUACAAGGGGGAAUCAUCCCACAUGUCAACCCAAGUAUUGAAAAUACUCUGCAUUCACGUAGCAAUGAUAGUGGUAUAAAUUACGAUUCAUCAAACGUUGUUCAAGAUACAGAUAACUCCAGAUAUGAGGAAAAUAGAAUAGGUUGUGCAACAAUAAUUUCAGAAACUGAACAAGAUAGUAUGAACUCAGCGGGCACUUCCUUGAAUGUGAAUACUUCUUUGGACUCAAGGUUUAGUGUCAAGCCAAACAAUAGCCUCUAUGACCCUAAUGAAGUCACCGAAAUUAUAUCCCGCGAACAUGAUGUUGCUCAAAAUCAUAGCAAAAAUGUUUACCACCUUAAUUUGCAAUCUUCAGAGGAUAAUGUACCGACACAUUCUAUCAUGGUCACUUCAGCUGUCAUAGAACGUGAAGAUUCAGCUAGUGAUGCGCAGGAUACAAACAUUACUAGCAUCAACCCAGAAUCUGAACAAUUAAAUGAUCAUAAUACCUUGUUAUCCGAAAAGACAAAAACGGAUGGCAAGAAAUCUCUGAGGAAAUCUCAUACAGCAAGUAGUCAAAAGACUCGUCUACAGAAUGAUAUUGAUUCGACAAAUACCUGGUCGUGUGAAGAUAUCGGGAAUAGAAGUUCUCAUCUGAAUAUCAGUGAUCAUAAGUCUCAACAUAACAACCAGACCCCACCUAAGGACUCUCCCAGUAAACAAGUUAAAAAAAAAAAAAAAUUAUUGAGAUUACGUAUGUCAGAAGUGGUAGACUUAUCUCCAGUCUCAGUCAAAAUAGUGCCAGGAAAGCGCCCAUUACCUAAGAGACGGAGAAGAAAGAGGUUGAAUAAAACAGCCAAAUCAAUUAGUGAUACAAAGGCAAUUGCUAAAAGAAAUGAAACCUUGUCAGAAAGUGACAAUGAUAUGGAAGAAAUAGACCCUGUACCAAAGAAAGCUAAAAAGAUAAGAAGAAUAAAGGCUAAAAAGAUUAUCAUUAAAAAAAUCGCAGAUUGUGAUUUGUGGAACCAAUUGAACGGAAAUUUCGGUACAGUGCCUGAUAGUUGUAACGAGAUCAGCUUAGCUUUGGAAAAAACGUCCCUGGAUGAUUUUGAACCAAAAAUGCUUAUGACUCAACGUAAACAUCGAAUGACUCGACCUAAAAUAAUAAUUGUUGCAACUGGAUUGCCAAUCGCGCAGAAGGUAUUACUGAAGAGUGUUGUGAUGACUCUUGGAUCAGCUAAGCUUGAAAAAAUCGUUACCCGUUACACGACGCACGUCGUUUGCAAAGGUAUACGAACAGUGAAUAUGCUGCACGGCAUUCUUAGAGGUUGUUGGCUGGUGACUUUUCAAUGGAUCUCUGAAUCUCAAAAAGCUGGAAAAUGGAUUGAUCCUGAAAAAUAUGAACUUACUAGUUUUUCCAAAGCUGUACAGGAAAGUCGUAGGGAAAGAAAAUUAUUUGGUGCAGCGUAUGUCUCGGAAUUAUUUCUCACAUGCGGUUUAAUCCACAUCAAAGAAGGAACGUCUACCCCAACGUCGGUUUUAAAAGAACUUAUUCGUGUCGCUGGUGGUCAUGUAACUGCAAACCCAGAGGAAGCCAAAAUCAUUGUGGGUCGGGGAGGAGUGAAGGAGGUUUGGAUCUUAGAUUCAAUCACGAAUGCGGAACUCCAGCCGCUGGAACAGUAUAGUAAAACAAAAUGCAUGAAUCAAUAACUGAUUUAUCAUCCUUAAUUACGUUAUCAAUUUAUUUUUUGGUUUCAACAUAUUUUGUAAUAUUUAUUUAUAACUAUCCCCUUGAUAAAAUUGUAUACAUAUUUAAAAUCAAAAGAAUUUUCUGAUGAAUUACGAUUCAAAUCAAUGUAAAUAGAAUAUAUAAAUCUUGAGGGAGCUAUAAGAUAUAUUUUGUAUCUUUAAAAAAAGCUAAAAUAGACAUGACAAAUAUAGUAUA